AUGUUCAAAGAAGAAGACUCAGAAGAAGUUUUUUCAGAUAAGACAGGAGUUUCAUCUUUACGAAGACAUCUAAAUGAGCACAAUAUUAAUGCACUAGCAAGAUGUCAAGCUACACUUAAUUUUUCUAGAACUGACUCGCAUAAUGAUGAUAAUCAAAAAAGAAGAGAUAAAAAAUUAAUUAUCUGA